GUCGCAGACACGGUGUUGGGCAGCUGACUUUUGCUGAUGGCACCGCUUAUGUGGGGCACUUCGAGAAUGGGCUGUUCCACGGCUGCGGCGUGCUCACCUUCUCUGACGGCUCCAGGUACGAGGGGGAGUUUGUGCAGGGCAAGUUCAACGGCGUCGGCGUCUUCACCCGCUGCGACAACAUGACUUUUGAGGGCGAGUUCAAAGGCGGACGUGUGUAUGGCUUCGGUCUCCUGACCUUUCCUGAUGGCUCCCACGGGGUGCCCCGCAAUGAGGGCUUCUUUGAGAACAACAAGCUGCUGCGGCGGGGGGAGGGCCAGGCCCACUUUGAAGCACUGUCAGCAAGCAGGGCUUCCUGCAGCAAGGAGUCUCACCCUUCGACCUUUGGUGUCCCAGCCCCAUGGUGUUCUUGUGCUAGGAGACAGGGCACUUACAUGCUGCUGGAUAACCAGCUCCCUAGUAACCCAGCUUCCCCAGCCCCAUGGAGACAAACGCUGCUUUUUGCUGGCUUUUAUUGA